CUCUACAGUUCGCAUCUCGUUUGUAUAGAUAUCAUUCUGCCGGUCUGUUGUCAGUGCCAUCCGAAUAUUUGCUAGCAACAGUGUAAUCAAAACAAGGAUUCUCGAAGAGUUUAAUGCAAAAAUAAGCUAAAAACCAUAAGCAGAGUGAAUUUUCGAACAGUGUAAUCGUAUCCGAACAUGUGGUGGAUUUUAUUAUUGAGCUGCUGGCUAUAUCCGUUAUCAUGGAGCUUAACUUGGUAUUCUCCGGCUGCCUUAAAUACUAUGCUCGGAGAGCAAGUCGAUCUCGUGGGUGCAAUUAACACGACUUCCGGUUGGACGAGAAAUACCGCGAACAAUGAAGAUUUCAAUGAUGCGGUUAAUGGUUCAGAAUCCGAUAUCAAUCCGGGCCAGCCUCCCAUCAUCAAUUCCGUUGAUCGCGAACCACUGGACGAAGUGGAGCGCAUCGAACCUAGGCAAUGGCCAGGCAGACCGGAUAUCCUACCCACUCGCAGCACAGCGCCUUUUACCACGGAAACAUCUUUAUCACCCAAAUCUCCGCAGCCUACCACGCUAGCACAGAGACACCCUUCCACGCAAAGAUAUCCUACAGUUACCGUACCACCUCCGACGGUUACUGUUGAUGAAGUCUUCUGCGAUUUCGGACCGGUUCCAUCAAUGCCACUUUGCGAAUGGCAAAAUGGCAAUGGCGCUUUGGAGUGGACUCCAGGUACUGGAAUGGGAACAAACUGGUUGGGUGGACCAUCGAUCGAUGCCACGAGUAGCACUAUGGAUGGAGGAUACGCCUUUCUGGAGACAUCGCAAGUAGCUUCAAAGGAUCUAAAGUUCAAAAGUCCAGGAGGUCUUCUGCAUAGUCCACAGCUAGGCAGCACUGGAGUCGCUGGUACUUGUUUCAUGUUCAAAUAUACCAUGGACGGUCUCAGUAUCGCAGGACUGCGAGUAUUGCUUCAUAUUGGAGUGGACGAGUUUUCAUUUAAGAAGGAAGAAACCGAGGAAUUGCCUAUAGAAAAUACCACAACGGCAAAACCCUGCGAGUCGGUAGAAGCUGUGGAGGAACGCGUGCUAUGGCACGCGCAAUAUUACACGCUCGGAGUGUGGCAGCAGGCUCAAAUAUUGUACACUUAUCCUGAGUUACAUUCGGUGAUUAUUGAAGGCGUUCCAGUGGAUUCCACAGACCCUUCGCGUCUCUACCGUGGAUAUAUUGCCAUCGAUGACAUAGAUUUGCAAUCUGGUACAUCAUGUAUUGGAUUCUGCAACUUCGCCGGUGGUUUUUGCGACUGGAACAACGAUGCGGAAGAUGAUUUUGAUUGGACUAUAAGUCGCGGAAGCGGAAAUCCCACGACCGGGCCAGCAAUGGACAGUUCCAGUGAUCGUGCCACAGCUGGUGGUUAUGCUUUUAUUGACUCUAGCUUUCCACGAAGACCCGGUGACACGGCGAAACUGAUAAGCUCAAGCUUUCCAGCAACCAGCGCUGACAUGCCAACGUGUAUGCACUUCUGGUUUCACAUGUUUGGAUCCGGGAUAGGCUACCUGAAGCUCUUUCUCCGUCACUUUCGCAAUUCAGAUAGUCAGCCCCAGGAGAUCUGGAGUCUGUCCGGAAAUGCUGGCAACGCCUGGUUCAUGUCGCAAGUCACGAUCAGUUCUCUCGACAAUUUUCAGCUAAUUUUCGAAGCAUCGAUAGGGAAUACCGGCAUGGGUGAUAUCGCAAUUGAUGAUAUCUCGUAUGGACCAGGUGCUUGCCCUGUUUCGCCACAAGUAGCCAGCCCGAUAUUACGAGAUUGCACCUUUGAGAUCGAUGAAUGCGAUUGGAUCAAUUCGCGGGAUCCAGAUCGUGUCGAGUGGGAGAGAGUGUCUACCCAGGUGUUAGGACCGAGAAAUCAGAGAAAGCCGUAUAGCAACGGACACACGGUUAAUCGACGCAACGAAUACUUCCUAGGACUGGGACGUCUUCGGGGUGCUUCGCGAUCGUCUGGGGGUGGUACCGCUCAAUUGGUCAGUCGAGAGAUGAAGGGUACCGAGGAACCGCUCUGCAUUACGUUCUGGUAUUUUAUGUUUGAGCCAUUCAUCGAUUCCACAGGUCCUAGCUUGGGUGUCUUGCGAUUGUAUCUACAAACAGUGGGCGAUAUUUCGACAGAAGCCAAACCGAUAUGGCAGCUGUACAACAAUCAAGGUCCCACGUGGAGCUAUGCUCAGGCUAACAUCAAUGAAAAUACGAACUUCAACAUCGUGUUCGAAGGAACAUGGGGUCCGAAUAGAGCAAGUGGUAGUAUAGGAAUUGAUGAUAUCUCCUUUUAUACGGGCAAUUGCAGCGUAAAACCAUUGAGUGCAGCCGUUCGCGCGGAAGAUUGCAGCUUUGAGAAGGAUUUGUGCGGAUGGGAGAAUAUAACUGUAUCCGAUAACGAUCGGGCCGUGAUGUGGCAGCGUGCGUUUCAAACUCAUCGACCGGCUCAAUUAUUGGAUAGAACUUUUGGUGCAACCGGCGAUUUCGUCUUCUUUGACAUCUUCACAACGAAUAAGCAAUCAACGAAAGUUAAAUUGCGAUCGCCCAUCAUCGACGCUUCGCCUGAUGAGAAGUUUAUAUGCUUUACUUUCUGGUUUGCUGCGUUCGGUGUGGAAGAAUCCACUGCUUUGCGAGUAAUCAAGAUGCUUAGCGAAAAUGCUGAUGAGGAGAACGAGGACGAGGAGGAACAACUGCUAUGGUCACUGACAGCUAAAGGAUUUAACAAUCCACGACCAGUAUGGAUGCCAGCCCAAGUAACAAUUGAAGCACGAACUCCAUAUCGACUUAUUCUUGAAGGAAGCGCCAGUAAUGGAGGUUUUGCUGUUGAUGAUAUCAAAUUUCAGCCUUUAGCCUGUGCAACUCGACCAGCCAGUGCUCAACCAAUUGUAAAUGAAACAUAAGACAAACAACUUAGAAAAUAUAACAAUUUUUUGUAAUAUUGAAAUUUCUUUUUUAUUAUUUAUAGUCAUUAUUUAUAUGUGCUCUAUAUAGGAUACAUAUUAAC